UAUUUGGAAUUCAGUGGCAGCAUGUGACUGUCGCAGAACGAUGAUACCUCGUUGUUGGCUGAAAAUGAUUUUGUAAUUAUUAUUUUAAUUCAAAUGGGCAAGAAAAACCAAAACGCUUUGGGGAAGAGUAUCAUAAAACAAAGUGCUAAGAGUAGGGGGAAUAUCAAACACGCAAAUAGUUGGCUACAUAGCAGUGAAGUUGACAAUGAAGCAGGACCUAGUCUACAGUCCAUCACAGAACAAAGUGCCUUGGAUGAUUUCUUGGCAACAGCUGAACUUGCUGGUACAGAGUUCAUGGCAGAAAAGUUGAACACAACAAUUGUGACACCAGGGAGUAAUGAGGGUCUCCUGAGUAGUGAAACUGCUGCUGCCAUUAAACAAGCACAGAGGGACAACCAGCAUUUCCUCAGGAUUCCUCGCAGGCCAAACUGGAAUGAGCACAUGACAGCUGAGGAUCUAGACCAAAUAGAAAAGGACAGUUUUCUUGAAUGGAGAAGACACCUUGCCCAGUUGCAAGAGAAAGAAUAUAUACUUCUUACACCAUUUGAGCGCAAUCUUGCAUUUUGGAGACAGUUGUGGAGAGUGAUUGAACGCAGUGAUGUGGUUGUCCAGAUUGUAGAUGCAAGGAAUCCCCUCUUGUUUAGAUGUGAAGAUUUGGAGAAUUAUGUGAUAGAAGUGGAUCCAAAAAAAUGCAACCUCCUUCUUAUAAAUAAAGCAGACUUGUUAUCUCUAGAGCAGAGAUAUUCCUGGUCAAGAUAUUUCAGGAGUAUUGGGUUACCAGUGGCUUUCUGGUCUGCACAACAAGAGACUGAGCGGCUCUCAGUUCUAAAUGCUGCUUCUGAAGAGGAAGAGAACUCUGAACAAGAUGAAGAGAAAAUAGAAGGGGAUGAAGACGAUGAAGGGGAAGAAUAUGAAGAACAAAGUGUUAAUUUGUGGUCAAAACUCUCACAAAUGACUUUUGAAAAUGACGAUCAACAAGCAACUAUUCAGGAUCCUUGUGCUGUAUCUGAUGCAGACCAAGUUUCGUUAACUUCACAUGAUAAGAUAUCUGAAGAUAAAUGUGAAGAUUUAAUGUCAACUCCACAGAGCACGAUUGACACAGACUUGAAACAUUUUAAGUCAAAUGUUGAAGACAAAGGUAACAGUUCUUUGUAUUCCUAUGAAAGUGAACAGUCCUUGGAUUCAGAAAAAGUGAAACAAUUUUCUGUCACUACAAAGGCUGGUAGUUUAUCUGGUCAUGGCUCAGUGAAUGAAAUAUCCUCAAAGAAAGAACUCAAAGAAAGAGAAACAACUGAUGACAGUCUUGAUCCCUGCUUGGAAAAUACAUCUGAGGUUGUUGAACAGUCUACUACAGACUUUGAAAGCUUUGAUGAUGAGUUCUCAGCAAAGCUACUAACGAGAGACGAAUUGUUAGCUUUGUUUCAAAUGCUACAUACAAAAAAGAUACAAAACACAGUUGGUGAUUCACACAGUAUCCUCACUACUGUUGGUUUGGUUGGUUAUCCCAAUGUGGGGAAAAGUUCAACGAUCAACACACUUCUAAAUGACAAGAAAGUCCCAGUAUCAGCUACUCCUGGACGAACAAAGCACUUUCAGACACUGUAUGUCAAUGAUGAGGUGCUGCUGUGUGACUGUCCAGGCUUGGUCUUCCCAUCGUUUGUGUCCACUAAAGCCGACAUGAUCCUUAAUGGGAUAUUACCGAUUGACCAAAUGAGAGACCACGUCCCAGCUGUGUCUCUGCUUUGUCAGAGAAUCCCUCGCGGUGUUCUUGAAGUAGUGUAUGGUAUAAACAUUGUCCCACCCCAGGAGGGAGAGGAUCCCAACAGAGCUCCUCAUGCCGAAGAGCUACUCUCCUCUUAUGGCUAUACCAGAGGUUUUAUGACAUCACAUGGUAUCCCGGAUGAAUCCAGGUCAGCUCGAUACAUUCUCAAGGAUUAUGUUAAGGGCAAACUUCUCUAUUGCAUUGCACCUCCUGGACAGGACGAAAGUGAAUUUCAGCAGAUUGGAUACAAACUACAAAGCGUCGCUGACAUUGAAAGAAAAGAUAAGCAAGCCAAAAAGAGAGCCCAGAAGCAGACAAGCGAUGUGGACAAGAACUUCUUUAAACAGCAGGGGCAAGUUCGCUGGUUUACGCGAGGUUUUCACGCCACAGAGUCAAGCCAAUAUGGGGCGGCGGCAAUCCCAGCACUAGAGGGUAAUGCGGGCAUGCCUUAUAAACCAUGGAAGAAACACUAUAAUAGAAACAAGAGGGAGAAGCUCCGUAGGCUUGUGAACAAGUAAAAAUCAUGUGGAUCACAGGCAUCAUAUUU